AACUCAAACGUCAGCGAUGAGCAGUGUUUUACAAGGAGACUUGCCAAUGUGUGUACUGAUAAUCGUCGGAAGCAGAAUGUAAGUAAAAAGUCAUUUCUAGUGCUGAAACUGCAUUGUGCAUUUAUAAGGAGUUGUGCUUUCUUAUCGGCGAUUGUGUAGACCGUAUUCUACGUGGAUAAGUCGUUGUCCAAGGUUUAAUUCUACUUGAAAGCGGGAGGUGGUUCGAUGGCGUGUUGGCGACCCCAUCCUAUCUGAUUGGUCUGGCGAUGGUGCGCGGCUUGUGGGCGGUGCUUCGGGUGGUGUCAAUCGAGGGACGUGCUUUGUUAAAGCCAAAUAUACCUGUUUCUGGAAGACUAGGCAUUACAAGAAAUCCUCUAUUUCACUCCACGUCUGUCUCUUUGAGGAAUCUAUCAAGGUAUGUAUUGGCUUGUUACUGACAUGCAUGCAUUUGUUUAUUCUUUUGCUGUUGUCUGCAGCAGCGAACGCAUCAUUUCUAGUGUCUGUUUAUUGUGCUACCGUUAAACGUUACAUGCGCCUGUUGUAUCGAUAGCCUAGAUAGGCAUGUAUUUAGAGCCUUCUUGCCUCAUAUUACUGUACUUGAAUUCAACUAUAUCUUCAAAUCAUCUGCAAUCUAAAUAUUAUAUGCACGAAUAACCAUUCCAAUGUAGGCCGGAAACCUGUACUGCUAUAGGCGCCCAUCUGCUAAUCAAAUCAUUGUUGUUCUGCUCAACAGUGAGGUGAGAGAGCUGCGAGGGUCUGCUGUCGGGAUGCCUGAAAUAAAUACGGAUAAUAUGGACAAGAAGCAGGUCCAGCUGCUGGCAGAGAUGUGUAUUCUUAUUGACGAGAACGACCAGAAGACUGGAGCAGACAGCAAGAAGAACUGCCACCUCAACUCUAAUAUUGACAAAGGUAGACUAACAGCCCUAUGGCUAUGUGUCAUCUCUGAUUAUUGCUGAUCUAUACCCCAGGUGUCUCUCAAAUUGGUCAACAUUGUUGCCACUCACACUGAGAUGGAGUGAUUAUGAAGGAUAAAAGAAACAACCACAUUGUAGGGCCUGCCCCAAUUUAUGUGUUCUCUGUCACCAUGGGGCCGCAUGGCAAAUUGCCCCAAAACGCAGAAGGACAAUGAUCAAGGGUCAGUCCGCCCUUCUCUAAGCUCUAUACGCCUAUAAUAAUAAUGUGGUGUGACUUCAGUUUUAUGCCUUGUAUGUGAGUUCAAUCAUUUUACAACUUUAUAAAAUAAUACUUGCGUUUUGCAUUCGCCUCUCCUUGAUCUUAGUCAGCUAAAUUCAUAAUACUUGAUUGCACAUUGUUUAACUAUAAUAUUAAAAUGGAGUCAGAUAUGAAAUGUAAAUUAUUAAACAAUAUUUAACCCCCUACAACAUUUGCUCUAUAUACUACAAAUACGAAAGCCGUGUUGCAAAGCCAUGCAGCUCACAGUCAUGUUGAAUGGUAAAAUCAGAUCUCUUCUGCUCCAGGCUUAUUGCAUCGUGCAUUCAGCGUCUUCCUGUUCAACAGUGAAGACAAGCUGCUCUUACAACAGAGAUCUGAUGCUAAGAUCACUUUUCCAGGUCAGUAAACAACCCAAUGACUCUUAAACACUAAUGCUGAUAGUCAUCAGACCAGUAGUGGAGUAAUGACUGUUUCCCUCCCUGUUUCUGUUCAGGGUGUUAUACCAACACAUGCUGCAGUCACCCCUUACACACAUCCAGUGAGCUGGAGGAGCUAGAUGCCAUCGGGGUGAGGAGAGCUGCAUCAAGACGACUGGAAGCAGAGCUGGGAAUUCCCAUGGAUCAGGUACAGCUCUCAUAGGUUAUUCCCAGAUUAUUACAAUGUAAUAACCAUUUUAUCAUGUCAUUUCUUAGUAAAUAUCUAGUAAUUUGUGCACGGUAAAUUAAAGUGCAACUGGCUUUGCUUUAUGGAGUAUAUAGUAUUGAGACAGUGUUUGAGAGCUUUGAAAUAUGUAUGCUGUUGUAAGAUUUAGCUACCGUAUGUUUGAUAAUAGUUGCCCUUUGCUCAUCUUUGUUCUAAUCAUGUCCAAUGGUUCACCCUCAGGUUCCACCAGAGGAGAUGACCUAUUUAACCCGUAUCCACUACAAGGCCCAGUCAGAUGGUGUGUGGGGGGAGCAUGAGAUCGACUACAUCCUCUUCAUGCAGAAAGACAUAGAGGUGAACCCAGACCCCAACGAGAUCAAGACCCACUGUUACGUCACCAAAGAGGAGCUGAAAGAGAUGCUGAAGAAGGCCAAGAACAACAAGUUAUUGAUCACGCCCUGGUUCAGCCUCAUCGCAGAGACCUUCCUCUUCCAGUGGUGGGACAACCUGCAGAACCUCAAACAGUUCAUGGAUCAUGACAAAAUACACAGGAUGUGAUUCUGCGUAGGAUGAGAAUCUUUGGUUACCUUCCAAAAUGGCACUCUAUUCCCUAGGGGCCCUGGUAAAAAGCAGUACACUACAUAGGGAAUAUGGUGCCAUUUGGGAUGUAGACAUUGUUUGUGUAGGGUUUGCAUGGAAAGCUGCUAUGAGGGACGUAGGGUACUUGUUUUUAGUCUUACUAGAGUUUGAGGGUUGAUACUUUUUAGAUUUCUGUAAAUUGAAUAGAAAGAAUGAUGUGGUAGGAGUGCAAUUCAAUCCCUGAACUGAGUGAAAAUAAAAUGGAAUUGACCCCGUUUAAAAAAGGAAUGAUUAUGAGGCUGUAUUGAGGUAUGAUUUUUGUAUAGCUUGUACUGUAUAGCAUAUCUUUUAUAUAGGAGCUAUAUAAGUGCCUGACUGUCACUGAGGCUAAGGUUGUUAGUAAUGUUGAUUUUAGCAAUCUGGCACAGUUUCCCAUUUCCCAUUGUAUAGUAAUGUAAAUUGAUUAUGAAUAAGCAGAAUUUUUGUUGCGUUUGACUUCAAUAAAAUAUCUAAUUAGGGAAUAAAAUAAUUUAACAAAUUGGGGAUUUUAACAGGUAAUAGAAUAUUUUCUGAAAUAGAGCCAGGUACCUCUGACAUGCACUUCACACCAUUGAACAGUAGGUGGCAGUAAACACACACCGUAGUUUCAAAAGCUCAUUUACUGUGCUUUUUUCAGGAAUGCGUUCAACUGUGCUGUGCCUCAACCUUUCC